UAUAUAUAUAUGCACAAUUUUAUUUUUUUUAAAAAAAAUAUAUUAGUAUAAUAACGAUUUAAAAAAAAUGGCACAAAGCGAAAGACCUUUUUCCGUAGGUUCAGAAAAGGAUGUAAAGCUGGAUUCUCCUAAGUCACCUAAAAAAGAAAGUAUUGAAAAAAUUGACAAUGAUAAACUUAAGAUUCAAACUGAACUCGCCAUUAAACAAUUUCGAAUAACACAUUCAACACCUUCCGAACAACAUUCAGAAUUAUUACAUUUUAUAGCAAGGAAAGAACGUAAAGUAUUAGAAUUACGAGAAGAAUUAAAAAGACAUGAAGAAGAAUUAAGAUUAUUGAAAAAACAAUGGGAGGCCAAUAUUACAAAAAAUAUUGAUGAAGAAAGUAAUAGUAAUUCACCUUCUUCACCAGCGUCACUUUCUUCCAUUACAAAUAAUUUAGAAGGAGAAACAAAUAAUUUUAUGAAUGGGUUAGGUAAAGGAAUUGCAGGUGUUAUUGGUGGAAUACAAAAAGUUAAAGAGAGUGAAUUGACACAGGAAAAAUUAUCACAGAUUAAAAGUGUAGUUGCUGACGUGGCCAAUUCACAGCCAGUUCAACAAACAAGGCGUAAAACGGCUGAUUUUACUUCAAAUGCGUGGAAUAAUUUAAGCAAAGGAAUUUCCACCUUAGCAUCUUCUGAAACAAUUCAAAAUGCCAAGAAAAAAACUUUGAAAACAGUAUAUUCAAUUAAUGAAGCAUUAACAUCACCAACUGCAAAAACUACAAAUAACACAACGGAAGAAUCAUCAUCAGUAAUUUUUGAUGAUGGUAAAAGAACGAAUACUGAAACAACGACGAUAACAACGUCAACAACGACAAUAACACCGAUUAUUUCUCAAUCACCAUCAGAAGAAAUUGAAGAUCCUAUAUUACAUGUUAUCGGUGAUGAUUUUAAUGAGUUUAUUAUAUAGGGAAUGUAGAUAGAAAUAUUUAGAUACUAUUCAUUAACUUUUUUGAGAUAAUUAAUUAUUAAAAUCUAAAAAAAAAAAAAAACUAAAAAAUUGCAUUUUUAAAGUUAGUAACAUUCAUGAGUUUACAUGUGAUUUAAUUAAAACAUAACUACCAUUAUUUGUCUAAUAGAUUUUAC